UUUGGGGUCCCCGAGAUGGCUCUGGGGUCCCUGAGAUGUUUUUGGGGUUCCAGGGGGGAUUUUGGGGUCCCUGAGAUGUUUUUGGGGUCCCUGGGAGUGUUUUUGGGGUCCCCUCACCCCCUUUUCCCCCCCAGGUACGUGGGGGAGCUGAUUUCGGACGCCGAGGCCGACGUCAGGGAGGACGACUCGUACCUGUUCGACCUGGACAACAAGGACGGGGAGGUUUACUGCAUCGACGCCCGUUACUAUGGCAACGUGAGCCGGUUCAUCAACCACCUGUGCGACCCCAACAUCAUCCCCGUGCGGGUGUUCAUGUUACACCAGGACCUGCGCUUCCCCCGCAUCGCCUUCUUCAGCUCCCGCCACAUCCGGCCCGGGGAGGAGCUGGGGUGGGCCCGGGGG